UAACAUACUUCUGCCUUAACAAAUUAUACAUCAGGUGGUAAAGAAACAUUUUAAUGAGUACUUGAGUACAUACAAAAAGUCAGUAAAGAAGAGCGGAGACCACAGCAUUACUGAAAACAGUUUUAAGAGGCUUGAUUAGAUAUCAUUAGUGAUACUAUAAGGACAUCCAGUCGAGCCAGAUUUCAAUCUAUGCCCUACAGCUUGGCGCUCUCCCAGAGUUUUUAACAGCGAUAACAGAUUUCACAUGUAUCACGUGCCACGAGAUAUCUUCACAUCAAAAUGAAAAUAUUUCCGGGUUUAUUAUUUACUAAAAGGUGGAUAUUUUACAUAAGUUAGAUUUCCUUGUUUUUCUUCUUAAUGAUAGGACUUUCUCUAGGAAUAUGAUUGUGAUUAUUUAUUGAUUCAUUAAUUGUCAAAGGAAUUACACAUACAUUGUGAGAAACGAAACAACGCUAUAGUUGAGGCUAACGGACAGACAUGUUGACAGUCUACCACCUUCUGCGGGCCUGUCUCUGGACGAUUCCGGUGUUUACCUUCUUGUGGUCUGUGCCUGCUUUCUUCAUCACAUAUGGUAUUUCACAGGCGUUAAACCACACGUCCAACGUUUUUCCAUACAUAAGUAAAACAGGAACAGAAGUUCCAGAGAAAGGGCUGUUCUCUUUGGCAAUCUUUGUCUGCAGUAUUGCUCUGGCCCUUAAUGCAGAGAUACGAUUCCAAUAUGUCCGCCUUAUGAUGACACAGAUGUCCUUGACCCCGGCGGAGAAAUCACGCUGGAUCACUCUUAAUAAAUUGUCCUUAGCCAUGGGCCUCGUGGCAUGCUUUGGGCUAGUGUUUGUGGCUAGUUUUCAGGUAGAUACACUUCCGGUGCCUCAUUAUAUGGGAGCCUUUGCGACCUUUGGUCUCUCGCUCGUUUGUUGUUGGAUCCAUGCUGCCAUUACAUACAAACUCUACAAAGAGGAGAGAAAGUCGGGGCUUAGAUACACAUUUAUUGUACAGAUUAUAGUUAGUCUUGCCAUCACCAUCAGUUUUCUUACCUUUAUCAUCAGUUUUGCUUCUUAUAGAUAUCAGAAGAGCAAAGGAAAAGGCACAAAAGAGAAUGAGUUACGGGACAUAUUUCAGUCUGCCUCGGGUUCAGAAUGGGUGCUAGCCAUUACAACAAUAUCCUUUGUACUUACUUUUAUACCAGGCUUCCGAACGAUAGAGUUCGACGGAUUCAGCGUAAAAUUCAAACCACCAGCUACAAAUAGUAAAACGAGCUUUUGCCUGAGGUUUUGUGAUUGUUGUGCUUGAAGAAUAGGGACGUUUCCUGUCAACUUGUAACAGAGAUAAUAAUGAAUUCAGACAAAGAUGCACGCAAAAGAUACAUAUUAUCACGGAUAAGACAUUCUCGUUUUCAGAUAUAGAAAAAGAAACAUUCUUCCGAUGAUAAAACAUAUUCAAGUGGAAGAGUUUAAGUGAUCUCAAAUGAGCUUCUGGUGCAAAUUACUUCAUAAUGUUGUACAUUUUUUUUUAAUUUUUCAUACCAACAAACUUACAAAUGAAUAAUUAACCUCCUUUUUUUCAAUGUUUUGACAGAGAUAUUGUUCUUAUGUUAAUUACUUGGGUGCUCUUGCAUUUGCAUGAAAAGGAUAUUGAUGCUUGAGUCAAAACGAGUAGAAAACUAAAAUAUGGUUUGAAGCCAUAAAAAUUCAUAGAAAUAUUGCAAAUUUCUUUGCUUAUUUACAAAUUCUGCAUCGUUUUCAGGUCCUUGAUGUUUGGUUAGUGUCGUUCAACUGACACUAAUAUUCAUAUCCACAUCUGAUCAUGGUUAUGAUUUUAUUGGGAGGGGGUUGAGUCAUUGUCUCACUUGUUUAAUUUUCAAGACAAAAUUGUCUUUUUGCUUAAUUUUUUUUUAAUUUUGUUAAAAAUGAGAACAUUUGUACAAUCGUUAAUUUUUUGACACUGUUUUUGUUAUUAAAUUCUGAUGUUUAUUGUGUUUAAUGUAUACGUACUUUUUUUUUCGGUAUUCCAAUUUUCUGUGCAGUUUGCAGGUAGAAAAUUAAGCAUGCAUGCGCUGUGUAAAUUCAGCGGAAUGGAAAAGUAUAUUAACAGAAUUUGAAUCUCAUCAAAUUUUGUUCAGAUUUGACUAGUGUGUCUUUGUGGAAUAAAACAUUUAUUAUUUUUGUCA